AUGCAGCCUGCACAACUUCCAAGGACCCGCCUCGCGCUGCGCGAGAAGCUCUACCCCACGACUCCCUGCAGGACAACGCGAUAUGAUAGCAAAAUGGCUUGCAUUGCCCCGCGCGACUGGACAGUCGCCGUUACGACGCCCCAUUCAACCCAUGGUUCUGCACCUGCCUACGUUUGCUCAGACGGCUGGCAAACCUAUAUUCAUCCGGAAGGAAAGCGCUAUUAUGCGCGCGGCGUUUCACCCCGUGUCAUCACAGAAGCCGACGUGACAGACGUGGCAGUCUCAAGGGCCGUCGCUGCAUGGAUCGACGCCCUCAAGGAAUGGGCUGCUGAGCUUGACGUGCUUCUGGGGCCGUCUGUAGAGCUCUUCGUUGAGCCCGAACUCGACACCGAGAUUUGCGACUAUUACCUCGUUGAUCACGGCAGUCGCGCAGUAUUCUGGCUCGAAUCUGCGACUACGAGUGAGCUCGGGUUGCCGUCAGCCUGCUCAGAUGCCCAUUUGAAACUUGCGCUCGAGGAGAACUAUUGGAAGCACGUCGAGAUGUUCUGCAUGCACUUAGACGACCUUCCAGGGGCCUUGGAAGAACUGAUCUCCAUUUACCUCCACGGACGCGCCGACCUAGCGACGUCCGAAACGUCGACUUUCUACUUCACGCCCGAAGUAACUGACGUUCAUCUUGAUGUUCUCAUGAAGUGUCGCUCAAUGCCACGAAACCCGAUGGUGUUUUCGUUCAUCGGAAGACUAUGGAGCUUCGUAGCCAAUGCGAGGUUUCAGAACUAUUAUGGCGAGGAGCACUGCCGCCUGGAUCGGACAACGCGGGUAUUCACGCAUGAGGAGCGUCAACCUGGCAUCAUCUCUCGAUGCCUGUCCGCAGCGACUUUUGGGCUUGCGCACGAGAUCCGUGCACAGCUUGAUGUGCAGCUUGUCGACGGCCUCGUGAUCGAAAAGGUUUGGUCUGCACUCAUUGCGGAGCAAACUGCCGAGUGGCAGAAGAUCAUGACGUGGACCUUUGCGCUCAUCAUCUCGAGCGCUCUUGCAUUACCGGUGUCGCCGAUCCCGGCACUCGCCCACACCUCCCUCGUUUUGUCCGCAGCGGCUCUCUUGCUGGCCGUACUCCUCCAACAGCACUUCAAGCGCCUCACGCUGGACGUAGACGACGCUUGCACGUUCCUGGCCGCUCAGGAUGGCAACAUGACGCCUCUAGCUAUUAUUUUCUGCCUGCCCCGUGCCUCAUUCAUCUGGGCUCUGAUCCUCUUCGUCAUCCAAGCAUCGUGCAUCUUGUUCUGCUCCGUCCCACUCAACUUCGGCAUUGUCUUCGGCGCUCUCAUCCUCGCCUCCGCAGCAGGCAUCUGGAAGAUCCUCAACCCAUCGCACCGACUCGUGUAUACCCGGACUAUCUUGUCACUCUUCCGUCACAGUAAGAAGAUCGAGGACGCCGAAGCCAACGGCAUCUGA